CGUCUACUAGUUCGCGUGCUUGCCCAAGUCGUGCCACUCUUUCGUUUCCCUCCUUGACGUCGAGAACUCGUCUCAAUAUGAGUAAAGCAACCUCCGUUGUCACCGUCUUGUCCAUUGCUUUUCUUUUGGCUUUCGUCGCCAGCGACGACGUGCCUCUUGGCGUGGGAAAAGCACAGUGCUUCAAAAGAGAUUUCGCAGAGAACAGGCUCUGCACCACUGGUUGCACCUGUCAUCCCACAGCGAGCAACGGUACAUAUCUAGUGAACAAAUGUUAUGUGGACGUCUCACUGACAGUUCAUUUCUGUCCGGAUUCUGACGAAAACCAGCUAGUGAUCUAUUGGGGUGACGGAUCUAUAUACCGCGGAACGACGCCAGUGUCUGCGCCCACACAACAUUUCGAUGUGAGUCACCACUACUCGUCCAACGGCAUGAAAGAGAUCGAUUUAGUAGCGAUCAGUCUGUUGGGAGCCAAUUCGUGCAGCAACACCUACACUGCUGACUUCACUAUAAAACACUGCUAGGAAUGGAAGAGUAGAGGCCGUGACACUGAGAACCUUUUGCAAGUUGCAUGCUAGAGUCUCUCUAACUAGAGCGACGUUGUUGUUUGUCAUGUUUUGUGUGGUAGAAAAUAAGCAACUGGAUGCAAUAAUAGAUAGCAAAACUGA